UCGGCGCUGCUUGGUUGUGUUCGAAAUUCGAACGCACGCUAUGUUCGCGCGGGAAAAAGUUUUAACAGUGCAAUAAAUGAAACGUUUUUUUAUGCUGCCAGUAUUGUGUUGUGUAAAAAUGUAAAUUGUCAAAUAGGAACUACAUGGUGUGAUAAGUGAUUUAUCUGUGGCAGUAUGGUGGAUUUCGGUGGGAAUUGUGAUAAUGUCGUAAAUGGAAAGAGUCAAUUUGUUUAUCUCGUUUUUGUGCAUUUGUUGCUGAUCUGUUUGGAUGGAACUAAUGCACAAAAUCGAGCACCACGGAUCAAAGAACACCCAUCCAAUACAGUAUCAGGCCGGAGCGAACCGGCCACUCUAAGAUGUGUGGUUGAGGGUCGGCCGAAACCAGCAGUGCACUGGUUCAAGGAUGGGUUUCCAUUGCCACCAGCUGACGAUGGACACAGGGUCAUGUUAGAAGAUGGGUUGUUAUUUCUUAGGGUUAAUCGAGGGAAGAAGGAAAGCGACGAAGGUGUUUAUUGGUGUGUAGCACGAAACAUUGCCGGAGAGGCCGUCAGUCAAAAUGCCACUUUAAAUGUUGCCAUGUUACGCGAUGAAUUCAGAGCAGAGCCAAGAGAUGUUCAGGUCGCGGCAGGAGAGCCUGCUAUAUUAGAAUGUGUACCACCCAGAGGAGUGCCUGAUGCAUCAGUACACUGGAUGAAGGAUGGACAACGUUAUGAAGUUGAAGUUAAUGGAAGGGUAACAAUAACGGAGACUGGGAGUUUAAAAAUAUUAGAAACAUUACCGAAUGAUAGUGGAGUGUUCAGAUGUGUGGCGUCAAAUAUCGCUGGAGAAAGACAGUCAAGGGCAGCUGCACUAAUCGUAUUAAGACGUCCGCACUUCGUCACAAAACCCACCAACAUCACGGCGUUAGUUGGACAAAACGUUGAAUUUAAUUGUCAGAGUUACGAUACAAGCGUAAAAAUAACAUGGGUUAAGGAAGAUGGGGUUUUGCCGUCUCACGCAUCUAUAAUCCGGGGACUAUUACGGUUAGAACAGGUGUCCGCAUCCGACGCGGGCGUCUAUUCCUGCCGUGCCGAUAGCCACACUGGAACUAGCACUGCAAGCGCCACACUAACCGUAUACUCAUUGCCGCACUUCACACAGAUACCAUCCAAUCUAACCGCAUGGGAGGGUGACGUUGUGUCCAUUCCCUGUGAGGCAAAAGGGUUACCGACUCCUACGACGUUCUGGAUUUUAGAGGGAAUUGAGGACAAUCUACUGUUUCCGGAAUGUACAAAGAGCAAUUCGAGUUUACUGUAUUUAGAUGGGGUGAACGUUGAGCACAGCGGUAGAGUUAUUUGCGUCGCGGUCAAUUCGGCUGGGAGCGUGAUGCAAGAGGCUCAUUUGAACGUCCUAAGAAAAGGCUUAAAGAGCGAUGAUGAUUUUGGUAUAACUUACGAACACAAAAUCCGUAUGACGGAGUACGAGUUCGUUCAAGCGCGGAAGUACCUGCAACAGAAUGUUCUGGUGUUAAAGAGGGUGGAAACUUUGUCGUCGACUUCGCUGAAAGUCGUGUGGGAUGUGUUAACGGAUUAUAAUGAGUAUUUAGAAGGGGUUAAGAUUUGGUAUAACGGAACGAGUUUGAACUGGCGGAAUAGUUCUGAAGAUGUUAUCCCUCAAGUGGAGACGUGUUCGAAUGGAUCUCUCCUUCAUGUGGACAAUAGUGGAUCCUCGUCUUACAUACUGUCUGGCUUGAAGGCGUAUAUGCAGUAUGACGUAUUCUUGAUGCCGUUUUACAAGAUGCUGUUGGGGAAGCCAUCGAACUCCAUGACGGGUGUCACCAAUGAAGAUGUGCCAUCGUUCCCUCCCCUUAGUGUGACAGCGGGGGUCAUAAAUGCUACGUCGGCAUGGAUACGAUGGGAACCACCACCUGCGAACACGUGGAACGGAGAACUGACGGGUUAUAUGAUCGAAAUCCGCGUCGGUGGAGGUACAAACGGUCGUGUCGUGGGUCAAAUGUCUUUAGGCGCCCGAACGCGGGCCGCUGCGGCGAGCUCGUUACGUACGGGAGGGCGGUACAUUGCGCGCGCGGCGGCUGUCACUAAACUCGGCCGAGGGCCGUUUAGUGCGCCCGCGCAGAUACAUAUGUUGCCCACACAGUCGCAGAGGCAUUAUGUUCAGACCGAACCACCUCACGAUUCUUCGAUUCCUCACAUAUUUCACGAAACGUGGUUGUUGGCGCUCGGCCUAACAUUAUUCUCUGUGAUUGUUAUCGGACUUGUCAGCAUUUACUACAUCAGACGGCGAAAUGGCAUACAAAGGAAGAAGGCUACUGGCCAACCGAUAGUAACAGCACAACAGUGUUUAUUGAAUAAGGACACGAUCUGGCUGAGAGAUCGUCCUGUAUUCCCUGACCCCUCGCUUGACGUCAACAGCUGUCAUCAGACCCUGCUUCAGUCUGGCCAAUCAAGCAUCUUAAACGCAGAACCGGAAUACUGUCUGCCACAGAACUCUAUUCAAGGACUAGAUACAUCGAGUGUGGACAGAAUCAAACGCCCGGAGCCCUACGCCUCGAGUGCUAUUUACACAGAACUCAAUUUCAAGGACAGUAACGACAGCGGAGAUGCCAACUGUCCAGAAAGACGAUCACACAAUAGCAUAGUUCGUUCGUGCAACGGAAGUAUUCAGUACUCCAACGAAUGUUCCACAUGCCACAGCUCAUCCAGCCGCUCCACAAACUAUAGAGACUUUAGAGAAUACAAGGAAUUCAAUAAGGAAGAAGAGGAUACAAACAGAUCGGGCUCCCGAAGCCGCCAGGACAAAAGCAAAGUUUGCCCGAAUGAUUUAGAGUAUGACUACCCGCAGUGGCAUUGGCUCGGACGAGAGAAUAGUUUCAAAAUUCCCAUACAGAGGCACUCAACCGGCCGCUCUGAACAGGGCUGUCAAAUAAAUCUGUGUGAUAUACUGCCGCCGCCCCCGUAUGAGAGUCCAGAAAAUAAAGGACAGCUGAAAUUGCCAUAAACGUUGUGAGGUAGACUAGGUGAAACGAAGCAAUAAUUUAUAUCAUUUUGAAUUUGUAGAUACUAGUUAUAAGUGUACAUUUUAAUAGACCAUGGAAUUUCCUUGGAAUCGCCUUCGCAUUUUUAGAAAUAUACAAACUUGUUAAAUUCUUCUUUUUAACUUAAUUUUAUUUUCCAUAAUGUAUCCAUUGAUUAUCUUUUAGUCGUAGCAAAACAAUAUUCAUGUUUUUUGCAGUUUUUUAUCACACGCGUUUCAAACGAUUGUUUUGUUUCUAUUGUUUUUUUCAUUUUUCCUAUCUGUAAAUAUACGUAUUAUGUUUCUGAUACACUAUGUAGAUCAUAGACAAUUCAUCACUUUUAUAAUUUUUAAACGUACAUUACAAUGUUAUAACAUUUACGUUUAAAAAUUAAAAGCAGGGGUCGUUCACCUCUCAAAGGACAUGGGCGUAUAUGACCCAACAGCUGUUUAUUAGAAAUAUAAUUGACACAACUAUGAAAGGAAGUAGAAAUCCUUUAUUAAUCGGCCUUCUAGAAGUUUUAGUGAAUACCCAUGCUAUACACACUAUAGUAAUCGUAACGGUAGAUGCUUGUAGAAAAUCAUAUAUUAUAAAUAAUUCCUAAUUCUAGUCAUCCUGUAUAGACUAGUUAUAAACGGAAAUUGCGCUCUCAUAAAUUCACAAUACGUUAAAAUUCCUAUUACGCCUUUGUUCAUAAAAAAGACAGUCUUUUAACCUAAAACUGGUCUGUCUCGUUUCAUCGCAGUGGAAACAGAAUUUGACAGAAAGAGACAGGCGUCUGCCUUUAUCAAAUGAGCUGAUUUUGUUUUUAUGAAUAAGGGGGUAAGAUUGUAGAUAACGUCCGCAAGUCGCAUCAUUAGUAAUAUUAAACAGUAACUAGCGCUGGUUCUAGGAAAUAUUUAGGUGACCUGAAUUUCGCUUGACAUUUAUGGAACGCGCCGUCAACCUAAAAUGCAAACAAAAGUGUGCAUUCGGAAAAUGCUGCAAAUAACAUUUCUGUAAUUUUAUUUAUAAACAUAUUAAAUACAUAUCUUCAUAUGUAUUAAUGACGUAAUGAAAACAAUCAUUUGGUUCUUCGAUUCAAUUAUUGAGUCUGCGAGCCUGUUUUGGAAUUGAACUGAUUUGGAGAUUCCAGAUUCCCUUAGUUUUCGCAUUCUACAAAUAAUCUGGCCAUUAGCAUAACACUUGCGCGUGUACUUUUAGCGAAAAUUCUCAGAACUUCCUGGCAUACUCUUGCCAACCUAUUUGCCGGGAACUAUACUGCUAAUAACUUGUUAGCGAAUCCAUUUUCAAUGUAUCGUAUUACGUAAUUGUAAGAGUUUUAUUAAGACUACCUUUUCAUGUAAAAUCAAACUUGAUAUCAUUGUCUGGUUAUAGCAAUCUUGAUUCUGUGGUAUAGUUCACUAUACAUGGUAAGCCUGCUGACAGCGCAAGUUACAAGUAGGAGGUAAUAUCCUGGUUGUAAUCACUGCCAUUUUAUUAGUAUUUUAGUUGUAAAAUUUUUGACUGUGAUAUUUAUGUAUAUUAAUUGGUGUUAGUCUAAGAUUAGAUUAUUGUAGAACUUUUGAACAUGUAUUCGAGUAAAUUGUUUAUAAUUCGUUUGCUACCCCAAGUAUUUUGAGAUCCAGUUGUUUUAUUCAAAAUCGAAAUAAAGCUUUUUAAACAC